UUUCAUUGUGUGCAAUUAGAUAUUCUUUCCAAAGUAAAUUUGUAACAUGAUCAUUUUGUGUAUAAUCAGGGGCGGACUGACAACUCAUGGGGCCCCCGGGAAAUAGGGGAUCAUGGGGCCCCUGUGUCCUUGCCCAAACUCCAAAAAGCCUAUGAAAAAGGUACCAGGGGCAUCUCAUGGGGCCCCCUACAGGCCCAGGGCCCUCGGGCAGUUACCAAAUGGUCAGUCCGCCCCUGUAUAUAAU